AUGAUUGAAGUACCAGAUGAAGACUCUGACACUUUAUCUGGUUCCAAAAGAAGAAAAGUAGAAGAGUUGGAUACAGACUUUGAAGUUGAGGGAGAUGAAGGAGAAAGUAUAGAACAAGAGCCAAAUACUAACACCGACAUUGAGAAUUUGAUUUCUCCACCAGUUCUUAAGGCAUAUGAAUAUCUUGCAUAUGUCGCAAAGGAUGAUUCUAAAUCCCCGCAUCCAGCUAUAAUUCCUGAGCACUUCAGAAAUACUAGUGACAGAAAUUAUGGCACAUAA